AUGUUAUCGAAACCAAGCCUUGGCAGAAAAAUUAUUGGUAGAGUAGACGAAAGAGAUUUUAUUAAUACAAUUAUGAGAGAUCCAAUUGUCACGAAACCAUUACUUGUCAACAACAAAGGACAGAUUGUCGAAAGAGAUACGGGAAGGGUGGUUCAUUUAAACGGGAUAAACUUUGCUUCAAAUGCCAAACUACCCCAUACUCCGAUACAGAAAACACACUUUAAUCCCGAGACGUGUGGAUUUUAUGGUGAGGGAGACAGUGUAUCGUUUACCAACAGACCCUUUUCCUUAGAUGAUGCAUAUGAACACAUAUCUCGGAUCAAACAAUGUGGAUAUAACACAAUUCGGUUUGUUAUAACUUGGGAAGCCAUCGAGCAUGAGGGACCUGGAAUUUAUGAUACAGACUAUGUUGACUACGUUAUAAAACUUUUUCAAGUUAUUUACGAAGUUGGCGGGAUCUAUGUUUUCAUUGAUCCACACCAAGAUGUUUGGUCUCGAUAUUCUGGCGGAAGCGGUGCUCCCAUGUGGACCUUGUAUGCAGCUGGGUUGGAACCCAGAAACUUUAAAGAAACUUUGGCGGCUAAACUUCAUCACAUGUGUCCUGACCCUUCCAAAUUCACCAAAAUGGUUUGGGCAACUAAUUACGGUAGACUUGCAUCGCAGGUUAUGUUUACGCUAUUUUAUAGUGGGAAGAUAUUUGCUCCAAAAGCAAUGCUAAAUGGGAAGAAUAUUCAAGAUUUUUUGCAAGAUAAUUUCAUCGAAGCUUUUGGAUAUCUAAUGGAUCGAUUGAAGGAUAGAAUACCUCACAUUUUCGAUUCUUGUCUUCUUGGAGUUGAAACAAUGAACGAGCCAAAUAGUGGCUUUUUCGGAUUUUCGGAUUUGAAUCACUGUUCAGAAAGCCAAAAGUUGAAGUUAGACGAGUUCCCCACCCCCAUACAGGCAAUGAGGCUUGGAAUGGGAUUUCCAGAGUCGGUGGAUACUUACUCUCUUACUAUUUUUGGUCCUCUUAAAAAUGGAUCCAAAUGGAUCGACCCUAAAGGUAUCCGUGCAUGGGUGACCAAAGAAGACAACAGGGAUAAUGUCUAUGGAUUUAAAAGAUCCCCAUAUUGGGAAUUGGGCAAAUGUAUAUUUGGACAACAUGGAGUCUGGGAUAUUCAUACAGGAGAACUGAUAAAACCAGAUUAUUUCAAAGUACAUCCUGAAACUGGUGAAUAUCUAGAUGAGGAUAAAUUUAUAAAUGGCCCAAUACUAACUUGUUGGGGGAAGUUCAGAAAAAGAAUGAGACAGGUUGAUGAGAAUAUGUUUUUAAUUUUGCAACCUCCCGUGUUACAGAUACCUCCAAGAAUUGAAAACGAUUUGAGAUACGUUGAUAACAAAACCAUGAUUGCCUUGCAUUACUACGACGGUAUGUCUCUAAUGUUCCAAAAGUGGAAUAGAAUUAUGAAUGUCGAUACAUUAGGUAUAAUACGAGGAAGAUAUAUCAAUCCAAUUUUUGGGUUGAAUUUGGGUGAAAGCAAUAUAAGAAAAUCAAUACGCAAACAACUAAAGGAAAUGGAAAAUGAGAGCAAAAACAAUGCCGGUUAUGGAAUUCCUGUGAUAUUUACAGAAACAGGCAUGCCUUUCAAUAUGGAGGAAAAGAGAGCUUAUAAGUCGGGCUGUUAUGAUUCUCAAGAAGCUGCCACUGAUGCCAUACUAUCUGGUUUGGAAUCAGAAAGGCUACACUUUACUUUUUGGUGCUAUAAUCCCGAAAACUGCCAUAAAUGGGGAGACUAUUGGAACCUAGAAGACUUUUCUAUAUAUUCAAACAACGAGAAUGAUAAAAAAGUAUUCAUCCGCGGGAACUCAUAUAAGGAAUGGCUUGAUAAAAAUGCUGGAAAAUCGAUCGGUGAGUAUACACCACAAACUGGAUCUUCUGCUGAUAGUGACGAUGCAACAUCGAUUCAAGCAUCAACUGCGUCAGACGACUCAAACACAACUAAGCUUUUGUUACGAGAAUCAACUAAGCAAUACAAUGGAUCAGGUGCACAAGAGCCACUAGAACUAAAUUUAUUUGAUGGAAUUAGAGCGCUGAAUUCCAUUGUCCGGCCAGUAGUAAUGGCAACCAAUGGUACCGUUACUGUAUGUGAAUACAAUUAUCUAACUAAAGAUUUCCACUUGGAAGUGUCUAGUGUGGUCCCAAAAUGCGAUGUUUAUCCCGAUAUCAUCACAUUACCGAGAUGUCAUUAUAACAACAACAAUUACUCCUUAAAUGUGUCUGAUGGCUCAGUUCAGGUAAAAGGUAACCAUUUAUUACAAUGGAUUGAGUGGGACCACUCUGGGGUCUCCUCCGGCAAUGUUACUCUUGAUAUUAGUAUUAAUAAGGAAAUUCCCAGAAACAUGCGAGGAAGUGAUGCUCUUUGUGGCAAUUUAAAAGAAUUGGCCUGUGGAUAUGUAUAA